AUGACCUUUUGGUUGCUUCCUGUUAAGGGCUCUCAUUACGGACAGGUGUAUCCAAAAAUUGAUGCUCAAUCUGAUUUGGUGGGACCAAAAGCGAGUCAACGAUCUGUCGAAGUAACGAUAAGAUGCCCGGAUUUGCAGAAUGAAAAGAAGACGAUCAGCCGCGGAGGACUGGAUGUGACGAGACGAAGACGACCGCAAAUACUUCCUUGA